AUGCUCAACAAUAGAGAGGCUCAUAGUUAUGAGCCAACAUUACUCAUUAUAUCCUCAGACAUUGAAGAUGACCUCAAUGAUCACAAACAUAAUGAUGAUGUAGAUGACGAAGAUGAUGAUGAUGACAAUGAUGAAUACUAUGAUGAUGACGACGAAGAUGAAGACGAUGAAAGCAUUGAUAGAAUGAAUACAAUGACAAUAUCAAGCUCUUCAACAAGAUCAUCACCAUUGAUCUCCCCACUCAAGUUAUUGGAUCACCAUCACAUGGAUCAUCUGUUGGACGACGAUCGCUAUUGUGACAACCCGCCUCCGUCACCCAUUGGCAAUGUGAACGAGCAACAACAUCAACAACAACUGAACAACAGUAUGAACAAUAACAUGAGCAGUAUAUCGAUUGCCGCCAACAUCAUAGACUUUGAGAACUCAUUGCGCAAGGUACUCAUAUCACAACAUCGUCUGAUGGCCAUUCAAAAGAUAAACCUCAAUCGAAAGCGUCGUGAGCGAAAGCAGAUCCUCUACGACACAUCAUCAACUAAUUCACCAACAAAGUCACUCGAGGAUGGCUUGAAGCACAUGUCAAUCGAGAAGAAGCGUAUACCUUAUAAGACGACAAAUUCAUCAAGACAUAGGAAUACGUCGUCCUCAUCGAUAUCAUCAAUGUCUUCAUCGGCUUCUUCAUCGCCAUCGACCUCACUCUCAUCACUUUCAACUUCCACAUCCCCUUUGCCACCAUCGCCACUCUCAAUCGGCAGGAAAUGGAUGUACAGAAGAUGUGCAGCAGCAACGCCAACCAUUAGCAGUGGCAGUUGA